AGAUGUUCACGUUUUUGAGAAUAUAAUAUUUCGAGGAACCUCUUACUAUCUAAUGGGGGAUACUCCUGAAGAUAUUUCAUCUGGAAGAUAUUCCUCCAUUUUCCCAGCACACAUAUUUUGAUAUUCAAGUAUGCUUCUAGUCACCUUCAUUAUAAAUCUUACAACAUUUCGAGAUUGAAUUCUUAUUGGACAUCUGAAUUAAACAUAGUCGUCAGGGAUACUGAAUUGAAAGAGAGUAUAAGACCACAAUUAAUAAAGAUGAUGACGAGUAGGAGAAUGAUAUGGAAGAUGACGGUAGAUGAAGCGAUAUUAAAGAAGAAGCAAAAAUAAGUGCUAAUUAUAUUCAUUUAUGAUAGGCAUUUGGAGUAGUAAUAUGUGAAAUAAUAUUUGAAGAGUGAAGAUUUUGGAAACAGAGAACAGCAGAAUAUUCGGCGUAGAAGACAAUAGGCAGCAUCAAUUUCUAUUAAAAUAUUGUAAAUAUUUAUUUAAGAAAACUUCUUAAAAUGGAUGAACAAUUCAACUUCAGCAACUCCAACAUAACUGAACUCGAAUACAAACCACCACCAAUGUACGUGCAAAUGAUAUUUGUAUUAGUCUAUGGGUUGGUGGUGUUGGUUGCCGUUGGAGGUAACGUGCUGGUCUGUCACAUUAUUCUGAUAUGCCAACGGAUGAGGACUGCGACGAACCUUUUUCUACUAAAUUUGGCGAUCAGUGACAUUCUUAUGGCGAUACUUUGCAUCCCUCUCACUUUUGUUUCUACUGUCAUGCUCAACUAUUGGCCUUUUGGAAACGUCAUGUGUCCAGUUGUCACUUAUAUCCAGGCUGUAUCAGUGUUUCUCAGUGCAUUCACUCUAGUGGCAAUGAGCAUGGACCGUUAUGUAGCUGUCCUCCAUCCUCUUCGACCGAAGCUGACCAAUACACAAGCGGUGAAAAUCAUAGCCGUCACAUGGGUUUUAGCGAUGGCUGCUCCCUUACCUACGGCAAUUGUAUCACGUGUUCUAAACGAAAACUCAGAUGGGAAUGAAUCAGACGCCUUCAAUGGUCUGUGCCAAGAAAUCUGGGAGCAUGAUUACCAACGCCAGAGCUACAGUAUGGUCAUCAUGUUUCUGCAGUAUUUUAUACCACUUAUAGUACUUAUUUUCACAUACGCUCGGAUUGGAUAUAUUGUUUGGAUCAAAAGCCCUCCUGGAGAAGCAGUAAGGAAUCGGGAUGAAAGAAUGGCAGCCUCGAAAAGAAAGAUGGUGAAAAUGAUGAUUGCCAUGGUUGCAAUAUACGCCCUCUCCUGGCUGCCGUUACAUGCCAUCACACUAAUUGGUGAUCAAUAUCCUGAUAUCUACUCUGAAGAUUACAUGAACAUCGUUUGGAUUGCCGCUCAUUGGACAGCAAUGAGUCAUAGCUGUUACAACCCGAUCGUGUAUUUCAGUAUGAAUUCGAAAUUUCGUGCUGGUUUCCUUCGGAUUUUCAAGUGUUGCUCAAGGAUGAAACAAGAGCAGCUGAUUAACGAAAGCUCUAAGAGCUAUUACCACGGAACAACCUGUAACACAUCGGUGAACAUGACUAGUACUCCCCACAAAAGAAACGUCAUCACUAAUUAUUAUGAUAGAAACAAUCAUGAAAAUAUAGAAAGCUCUGUUGUUUAAUGAGUAUCAACAAUAUUAAAUGCUAUUUUGUUCCGUAACUUCUUGGCCUAUAUUCGUAGUCUGAUUGCAAUAAUUAACUAAUUAAUUAAUAACUUAUAACUACUCACCUCAUUCAUUGUUUGCCAAAUUAUUUUUGUAGCUUCAAAUCAUCAUUUCUUUAUCUAAUGGGUGUCUUUUGUGUCUUUGUUAUUCCUCUAUAUUUUUUUAUCACUUUUCCUAUAUUUUUAAGUUCUUUCAUGUGAGCACACUCACUGUGUUAGUUUAGGACAAUAGAUUUCAGAUAACAGUAACCGGUUGAUUACAUUAAGCGAAUAUAGAAUUAUGACAUAGGCGCAGGAGUGGCAGUGUGGUAAGUAGUUUGCUUACCAGCCACAUGCUUCUGGGUUCAGUACCAUUGCGUGGCAC